AUGCCCUCCAGGACUGACAACGGGGUCGGGAUUCAGGUUGAAGACACCAGGAUAUGUGUCGUCAUGGUUGGGCUGCCCGCUCGAGGCAAAAGCUACAUUGCUCAGAUAGCUCAACGCUACCUCCAAUGGCUGUCCAUACCAGCGCAGACUUUCAACGUCGGCAAUUAUCGGCGCAACGAUGCGCCACAGCCCACCGCUGACUUCUUCGACACCAACAACGCCGAGGGCGAGCGGAAGCGCCGUGCCGCUGCCGAGGCUGCCGUCGCCGACAUGCUUGCUUGGUUUCGCACCGGAGGCGUCGUCGCAAUACUCGACGCUACCAAUUCUACCAAGGAGCGCCGGAAAUGGGUCAACAAAGUCUGUGUUGAGCAUGGCAUCGAGGUACUUUUUGUCGAGAGCAAGUGUGACGAUCAGGACAUCAUCAUGGCAAACAUUCGCGAUGUCAAAUCUACCAGCCCGGACUACAGGGGUCAGGACCCGGAAGCUGCUGCCCAAGACUUUCUCAACCGCAUCAGUAAUUACGAGAAGAUUUACAAGACAAUUGACCAAGACGGAGACGAAGAUGAGUACACGUACCUCAAAAUCAUGAACGUUGGCAAGCAGGUCAUCAUCAACCGAAUUCAGGACUACCUCCAGAGCCGCAUCGUUUACUAUCUCAUGAACCUGCACAUACGCCCUCGUUCUGUCUGGCUAUCUCGUCACGGUGAGUCCUUGUACAACCUGGAUGGUAGAAUUGGCGGUGAUACCCUGUUGUCGAUUCGCGGUGAGCAGUAUGCGAGGAAGCUUCCAGAUCUAGUACGGGAAUCUGUCGGGGAUGACCGUCCCCUGACUGUAUGGACCUCGACACUGAAAAGAACAAUCGCCACGGCUCGGUUUCUCCCGCUUCACUACAAUCAGCUGCAGUGGAAAGCGCUGGAUGAGCUCGACUCUGGCGUCUGCGAUGGUCUCACCUACCAAGAAAUCAAGGAUCGGUUUCCCGAAGAUUUUGCAGCACGCGACGAGGACAAGUACAAUUACCGGUACCGAGGGGGAGAAUCGUACCGCGAUGUGGUCAUUCGACUGGAGCCCAUCAUUAUGGAGUUGGAAAGAAGCGAAGAUAUUCUGAUUGUGACCCAUCAAGCCGUGCUGCGAUGCAUUUACGCAUAUUUCAUGAAGAAGGAUCAGGCCAAGAGUCCUUGGAUGAACGUGCCCCUGCACACGCUCAUCAAGUUGACGCCCAGAGCAUACGGAACCGAAGAGAUUCGCUAUGAAGCGAACAUCCCUGCAGUCAGCACCUGGCGCGGGAAGGGCAGUACAGCCAAGCACGAGAAUCCUACACCCGAAAGCCUCUAG